AUGGCCAAUCUCCCACCUGUACCAAAGGCAGGCGAAACGGCUGAUCCUAUCGUCUUUCUGGACCUCACGCUGGGUGGUGAGCCCCUCGGAAGAAUCAAAAUUCAUCUCUUCGCCAGUACCCUACCACGCACGGCCGAGAAUUUCCGCCAAUUCUGCACAGGCGAGUACCGGGGCACGACAGGACUACCGCAGGGAUACAAGGGCAGCAAGUUCCACCGGGUCAUCAAGGGAUUCAUGAUUCAAGGCGGUGACUUCCUCAAUGCGGACGGCACAGGUUCGACAAGUAUCUACCACGGUGCCAGCUUUGCAGACGAAGGUUUUACGUACAGGCAUACCGUACCAGGUUUACUGAGUAUGGCAAACUCGGGAAAGGACACGAAUGGUUGCCAGUUCUUCAUCACGUGCACGAAAACGGAGCAUUUGGACGGAAAGCACGUCGUGUUUGGGCAGGUGGCGGACAUGGAGAGUAUGGACGUGGUCAAGAAAGUUGAGCACGUGAGGACGGCGGGCGCAGGUGGUAGAGGACAGGGUGAUCGGCCAGUGCAAGAUGUGAGAGUGGUCGAGUGUGGUGAAAUGUGA